CUGGGACUGGUAUUAUUGCUAAUCCUGGUAAUACUCCAGCCCCUGCUGGCACUAGGACCUGUAUCUCAAGAACUGGUGUUGGAUAUUCAGUCCGUCUUGUCUGCAAUCUAUCAUACAACAAUAAGUCAGUGUCUGAUGUUACUUUCUCUUGGUCCACUCCUGGAGGAGGCAGUCAAAGUGGUUCUACCAUUACAGCUAGUUCUAUUGGAGACUAUACUUGCACUGCUAGUAAUCCGUGUGGAAGUAGUCAAGCAACAACUGAAGUUCUUGGUCGUGUAGAGCUGAUAAAAGGAGAAUCAUAUAUUUAUAUUGACCAAACAAUUAACAUAGGCUCAUGGCUCUGUAUCAAUUCAAACAUUUCAGUCACAGUCAACUGCAAUACAGCCUUUGGUACUAAUGUAACUAGAACAUGGCAUAGACGAGGCAGGGUCAUAAGUGGUGUUACUGGCAGCAGUUAUAAAGCUACGCUUAGUGAUGUAGAACGCGGUUGGCUCUAUUGUGAAGUUAUGAAUCCUUGUGGAAAGGAUGUGGCAUUUUCACCAAUUUUUGGUCAGGCUCCUGUCACUAUUAGGGGAAGGAUUUCAGUUCUUAAUAUAUUAGACAAUGGAUGCACUCGUCCCGGUAUAACCAAUACCACUGGUGAUCUUUGCCCUAUUGAGGGAGAGAGAGUUGAAAUUUCUUGUUCUACUACACGAGGAUACAUAAUCAGUGGACCUGGUGGAAGAAGUUCAGAUAGACCUCUUUUUAUAAGAAACUUUCAUCUAUCAGACUCAGGUAUAUACUUUUGUACAUCUACAUAUACUCGCUGUGGUGCUGCAAUGGAUUCUAUUGUUGUCAGUGGAUCAGGUGUGCCUCCUUCAAUUAGCACUAAUCUUCCUGCUACAACUUUCACUCUACCUUCAACAAUAAUGAAUGCUACAAUCCCUAUUGGAUUUGCCAUCUGUUUAUUAGACCAUCAGUUUGUUACCAUUGAUUGUAGGACUGAGAGUGGUACUGAGCCUAUUAGGUUUACAUGGACUGCUGCUUCAACUGGUAGUAGAGUAAUAGCAAAUGGAAUGAGAAUAACUGUUAAUAAUACUGACGUGUAUACUUGCAGUGCUACCAAUGCAUUUGGUACUUCUACUGCCAGCUCUACAGUUGAACAUACUCCUGCUGUUAAUGUAACUGGGGAAGUGGAGGGCAUUUUAGGGAAUGGAUGCUCCGGAACUGACACUCGUAAAAGAAUAUGUGCUGAAGUUGGAUUGAGUAUCACCAUAAUGUGUGCUGUGGGCCCUGGUGACACUUAUACCAUCACUGGCCCAGGGGAAUCAUCUAAUAAUGUACCACUAGCAUUUACUGUUGCUGAUAACAAUUAUGGUGAUUUUACUUGUACUUCUACUAAUCCCUGUGGCAAUGUCACUGAUAUCAUUCGUCUGGAAAAAGCCGAUUGCUCUUGUUCUAUCCCCGAUGUAACUGUAUCUAUCCGAAAAGGUGGUAAUACUUGUGGUAAACAAGACAUUACUGUUAGUGUUAGUAAUAACUAGUUAUUUGUAUUUAUUCCUUAUUGUAAUUCAAUUGUUUGAGUUAGUUAUGUUGGCUGAGUAGAGUGAUUAUUACUUUUUUUUAAUAAUAUUAUUUGAUUGAAAUUAUAAUUGUGUAAGAGAUUGCAUUCCAAAACAUGA